AUGGGGCACCUUGCCCAAGUUCCAAAGCCUGGGUCCGGUACUGUGUGGGCAGAUUACAUCUUUGUCACCCCCGUUGAAGUGGACUCCAGUGGAGCGUACAUCACGCACAAUGUUUUGCGCAGCAGCGCUAGGAGGAAACGAUCGACUCCGAGCUCCAAGAGUUCCUUGCACUAUAAAUUUUCAGCAUUUGGACAAGAACUGCUCUUGGACCUCCGGCCUUCGGCCUUUUUUGACCACAGUUUCACUGUCCAGGUGCUUGGGAAAGAUGGCAUCAUGGCUUCUCAGGAACUUGAAGUUGAACAGUGUUUCUAUCAGGGAUUUAUAAGGAAUUAUAGCUCUUCUUCGGUAGCCAUAUCUACAUGUGUAGGCUUGUCAGGUUUGAUAAGGACACAGGAGAAUGACUUCCUUAUAUCUCCAUUACCUCAACACCUAGCACAGGAACACCACUACACGCCACCCGUUGGACACCACCCUCACGUAUUGUACAAACGAACUGCUGAAGAGAAAGUGCACCGGUACAAAGUAGAUUCCAAUCCCCAUCACUUCCCCCCCGGCCAUCACAGAAAUCACACUGCCCACAAGUAUCACGUCCAAGCCCAUGGUUACCACCACGGAAGGUUUCAAAAGCAGCAUUUUUGUGGACGUCGCAAGAAAUACACACCGAAGCCACCCACAGAGGACACAUUCAUCCUGUCUGAUGAAUAUGGGAGCUCGGCAAGGUUGAAAAGAUCUCCCAUUAAAAGUCAGAAUACUGGAAGUUUGAAUGUUGAAACUCUAGUUGUGGCAGACAGGAAAAUGCUAGAGAAACACAGCAAGGAGAAUGUGACGACGUACAUCUUAACAGUAAUGAACAUGGUAUCAAGUCUUUUCAAAGAUGGCACAAUUGGAAGCGACAUCAAUAUUGUAGUCGUGAGCCUUCUUCUUUUGGAACAGGAACCCGGUGGACUGAUGAUCAACCAUCAUGCAGACCAGUCAUUAAACAGCUUUUGCCAAUGGCAAUCAGAUCUUGUUGGGAAGAAUGGGAAGCGUCAUGAUCAUGCCAUCUUGCUUACCGGAUUUGAUAUAUGUUCUUGGAAGAACGAACCAUGUGACACUUUAGGUUUUGCUCCAAUCAGUGGAAUGUGCAGCAAAUACCGCAGUUGUACCAUCAAUGAGGAUACGGGCCUUGGUUUGGCUUUUACUAUUGCCCAUGAAUCUGGACACAACUUUGGCAUGAUUCAUGAUGGAGAAGGGAAUCCGUGCAGAAAAGCCGAAGGUAACAUUAUGUCUCCCACACUCACGGGAAACAAUGGAGUAUUUUCGUGGUCAGUGUGCAGCCAGCAGUAUCUCAACAAAUUUCUCAGUACUGCUCAAGCAGCUUGCCUGAUAGAUGAACCCAAGCAAGCUGGACAAUACAAAUACCCCGAUAAGCUCCCAGGGCAGAUCUACGAUGCCGACACCCAGUGCAAAUGGCAAUUUGGAGCAAAAGCAAAACUCUGCAACCUCACUUUUGUGAAGGAUAUAUGUAAAUCGCUGUGGUGCCAUAAAGUGGGCCAUCGGUGUGAGACAAAGUUUAUGCCAGCUGCGGAAGGGACACCCUGUGGGAUCAGCAUGUGGUGCCGAAGAGGCCAAUGUGUACAAUAUGGAGACCAUGGUCCCAAGUCUAUUAAUGGCCAGUGGUCCAUAUGGUCUGAGUGGUCUGGCUGUUCUCGGACCUGUGGGGGUGGAGUCACAUACCAAGACAGACACUGCAAUAAUCCAAAGCCUCAGUAUGGUGGCAAGUUCUGUCAGGGCUCAAGUCGCAUUUAUCAACUUUGUAAUGUUCAGCCAUGUGCACCUAGCAGCCCUGACUUCCGUGCACAGCAGUGCGCUGAAUAUAACAGCAAACCGUUCCGUGGAUGGUACUAUAAGUGGAAACCGUACACAAAAGUGAAAGAGGAAGAUCACUGCAAACUGUACUGCACGGCGGAAGACUUUGACUUUUUCUUUGCAAUGUCCAACCGAGUGAAAGAUGGAACCCCCUGCUCCUUGUAUGGAGACGAUGUGUGCAUUGAUGGGAUUUGCGAACAAGUUGGGUGCGAUCGUCGGCUUGGAUCCAAAGCAGUUUUAGAUGCAUGUGGAGUUUGCAAAGGAGAUAAUUCAACAUGCAAGUUCUUCUCAGGCCAUUAUUUGACCCAGCAUAGAACUAAUGAUUAUUACCCUGUUGUCACGAUUCCAGCAGGAGCCUGCAGUAUUGAAAUUCAGGAACUGCAAAUGUCUAGCAGCUACCUUGCAGUGCGCAGCUUAAACAAGAAAUAUUACCUAACCAAGGACUGGACUAUUGAUUGGCCUGGGAAAUUCUAUUUUGCUGGGACAAUGUUUGAUUAUCAGCGCUCGUUUAACCACCCAGAGAGGCUUUCUGCAACUGGGCCCACUAACGAGACUCUCAUAUUUGAAAUCCUCUUACAAGGCAAAAAUCCUGGCAUUGCCUGGCAAUACACCUUCUCUAAGAUGAUCAAUGAGAACAAGAUAUUUACAAAAAGGAACAGCUAUGCAUGGGUGACGGUGCAGUCAGAUUGUUCAACCACAUGUGGUGGGGGGCACUUGAUAGCGAAAGCUGUAUGUUUACAAGAUCACCGUAUCCGCGUCAAUGCCUCUUUCUGUGGCCCAAGAACAAAGCCCUUAACAGAGACAAAGAUAUGCAACGCAAAUCCUUGCCCAGCCUACUGGUCAACAGGGGAAUGGAGUGUUUGCAGCCAGUCUUGUGGUGGAGGGCAACAAAGUCGUCAGAUCCAGUGUGUCCAGAAAAAGGCUUUACAGAAGGAGGAAAUUGUGGCCCAUGCUCUCUGCCCAGUAACCACUCCAGCCCAAAUACAGGCAUGUAAUCACCAAGACUGUCCACCGGAAUGGACUCCUGGCCCAUGGUCUCAGUGUUCCAAAACUUGUGGAAGAGGCCUUGCAAAGCGUGAUGUUUUCUGCAAAAGUGUAGGACCCUCCACCUUGAAAAUCCUGCCGGAGAUUAUGUGCAAUGGUAAAACAAAGCCUGAAAUGCAACAGACUUGUGUAUUGGAACGGUGCCCAAAAAAUGAUCGGCUUCAGUGGGUGAUUUCGGCUUGGAGUGAGUGUUCUGCCACCUGUGGCCCAGGCAUGAAGCGGCGAGAAAUGCAGUGCAGUGAGAAAAAUAUCAGUGGAAAACUGAUCAUUUUCCCACAGCGUCGUUGCCGAAACCUUAAGAAGCCAGACAUCGAACUGGAAGAAGGCUGCAGCAGAGGAGCAUGUUCUCUGCACCAUUUGUACAACAGGGUGUCAGGAUGGCAUUCUUCACCUUGGCAGCAGUGCACGGUGACAUGUGGUGGAGGAGUGCAAACACGGACAGUCCAGUGUCUUCGUCAGGGUCAGUUGGCUGUGGGCUGCCUGCCUCAUCAGAAGCCUGCAGUGUCAAGAGCCUGCAAUACUAACUUCUGCCUUGCUCCUGAGAAGAAAGAUGAUCCUUCUUGCGUGGACUUCUUCACUUGGUGCCAUCUGGUUCCCCAGCACGGCGUCUGCAAUCACAAAUUUUAUGGCAAGCAAUGCUGCAAAUCAUGCACACAGAAGAAUUGA